AUGGUCGGGAUUUUUUCCAGACUUUCCGUCGGUAGAGCUUCUCAUAGACGAACUCAAAGCGCCCUUGAUGACAGAGAAGCUUUGCCCCCGAGUACGGAACUGACCGGCUCGGAGGUUGUGGCUUCAGCUGUUGCUCCCCAUGGGAUUCAGGUGACGGUUGAGUUUAAGCCAGUCGAACACCCAAUUGAGCCUCUCGACAAUGAUCAACCUAUUCAGUGUCCAGUACCUGAACCUUCAAUUCUUAACGAUGGGAGAAUAUGGAAAGAGAGGGUAUCUGCAACCGUGAGAAGGCGAAACGACUUGCCAGUGAUGAGAGAAGAUGGUGGUGACACUCCUGAACCCGAAUCUGCAGGCUCUCCUCGACCGCCUCCCAUGCGCUCAUCAAAUCGCUUGAUUCUACCAUCUGUCAGUGCCCCUGAACAUAAUCUACUCAAGCUGCUGGAAGAAUGUAAUGCUUCUGGAAUCUAG